GGUCUGUCUUUGGCCGGGAGGUUGUCUCUUUGAUACCAGCUACGGUGGAAAAUACUGAACUAGAAUCCAAGUAUUUUAGGCAGAUUUGUGUGCUGGGUAUCAAUAUUUUUUACUGCAACGAGAGCUUCAGAGUAUCUUCUAUAAGUGGUUGCCCGUUAAGACAUGGGCAACGCUCCAACGAAGAGAGGAGACCCAGAAAAUGUAAGAGCGUUCCUGAACGAGGCAAAAGAAGAGUUUAAUUCAAAAUGGGAGCAUCCAUCACAGAAUACGGCUGGUUUGGAGGACUUCGAGCGUCUGAAGACCUUGGGAACUGGAUCAUUUGGUCGUGUUAUGCUUGUACAACACAAGAGUAGCUCACGAUAUUUUGCAAUGAAAAUAUUAGACAAGCAAAAGGUUGUGAAGUUAAAACAAGUAGAGCACACUUUAAACGAGAAAAGGAUCUUGCAAGCCAUCACUUUCCCCUUCUUGGUGAAUCUGGAAUGGCAUUUUAAGGAUAAUUCCAACUUGUAUAUGGUUCUGGAGUUUGUUCUGGGAGGUGAAAUGUUCUCUCAUCUACGACGUAUUGGAAGAUUCAGUGAAACUCAUUCAAGAUUCUAUGCAUCACAGAUUGUGUUGGCUUUUGAGUACUUACACUCCCUAGACCUUAUAUACAGGGAUCUGAAACCAGAGAAUCUUCUCAUUGAUGAGAAAGGAUAUUUAAAGGUGACAGAUUUUGGAUUUGCUAAGCGAGUCAAAGGAAGAACAUGGACUUUAUGUGGAACACCAGAGUACCUUGCUCCUGAGAUCAUUCUUAGUAAGGGUUAUAACAAAGCUGUCGAUUGGUGGGCUUUAGGUGUUCUCAUCUAUGAAAUGGCUGCUGGAUAUCCACCCUUCUUUGCUGAUCAGCCAAUACAGAUAUAUGAAAAGAUUGUAUCCGGGAAGGUGCGCUUCCCUUCACAUUUUACCGCUGAUCUGAAAGAUCUCUUGCGUAACCUUUUGCAAGUAGAUCUCACAAAGAGAUAUGGAAAUCUCAAGAAUGGUGUGGGAGACAUUCGAGGUCACAAAUGGUUUAGCUCUACAGACUGGAUAGCCAUCUAUCAACGAAAAGUUGAAGCGCCUUUUAUUCCCAAAUGUAAAGGCCCCGGAGAUCCCAGCAACUUUGAUGAUUACGAGGAAGAACCCCUUCGCAUAUCCACUUCGGAGAAGUGUGCAAAGGAAUUUGCAGAUUUCUGAAAAGCGAUUCAUUGACUGUCUAAUAACUUACUAUUAUGUACUUAAGUUAUCCAAAAGUGUACAGAACUGUGACUUUAAUAUAUCAAACAUUCUUGGAGAGGAACAAGCAGGCCCUUGAUGGAUGGGAUGACAUUUUGGAUGUUAUCUCUUUGCUUGUUAGUUCCUUGUGUUGUUCUAGAACUUCAUCAUAAAGCCUUUUUAUUUAUAUAAACAACUUCGAUUAUAGUAGAGUUAGCAGAAAAUUUUUAAAAGCAGGCAUGUAAAUGUUUUAUUUGUAAUUUAUACAUAUAUGUAAUUUGCAAAUUCAUAUUUCUAGAACACACAAGAAUGUGUCAUAUCUAAUUACGUUUCAUCCCAGUGUUCAUCAUUUAACAUUCAAUAAAGAUUGUGCCUGCAAAUUAAAGAUCUCUGUAAUUGCUUUAUUGAACCUUUAGAAAUACUUGGAAGCAGAUUUUCACAGAGGCUAGACAAGAAUAAAUUUAUUUAUUUGUAAACACAUUCUCGGCUUGAAAAAUCAGUGCAGAGUAUUUGUAAGUUUGUCUUCCAAAAUGUUUUUCAUCCAAAACGACCAAUGUUCAGAUUCAAUACUUGUUGGUCACUCCAUGUUUCAAAUGCCUCUUGGUUAUUUCUUAAAGUUCCAAAAAAAUAUUGUUCUAAUGUUACAUGUGCCUUGUAAGUUUAUUUAUAAUCUAGAAUAUUAAUCCAGGGCAAUAAAAUUUAAACAGUUAAAUGAA